AUUAAUUCCCUACAUUCAACUUACAUUGACGAUUUCUGCCACUCCUCGAUUGUCUGUGAACUUUUCUCAUUCUUUUCGGAACACGUAGAAGCCUCUGAAAAGCCUCCGAAGACUCGUUACACACGACCGAAAGUCUCAAGAUACGCAGGUAGCGCUGGUCGCCACUCGCCGACCAUGAGCGCGAUCCUCUCCGCAGACGAUCUCAACGACUUCAUUUCGCCUGGCGUCGCCUGCAUUAAGCCAGUCGAGACCUUACCCACACAAGCAGAUUACAACCCUUACGAAGUCACCACCGAAGACAAAGUCCAGGCACAGAAUCCUGCUCCUGCCUCCAUCUCCUUGACCGAUUGUCUCGCAUGCUCAGGCUGCGUGACCUCCGCCGAAGCCGUCCUUGUCUCGUUACAGUCACAUACAGAAGUCCUCAAUACCCUUGACACAUACUCUCCGCUGGACGUCCGAUAUCUGCUCGACAGCAAGAAUGGCGUCGUUAACGGCCACGCUCCUCCAGCCCGCGAUGCGAAAUUGUUCGUCGCGAGCGUGAGCCCGCAGGUUCGGGCAAGUCUGGCGGCUACAUAUGGCAUUUCAGAAAGAAAAGCAGGAUUCAUGAUUGAGCAGUUCCUCAGUGGAUCGCAAGGUUUACGGAUAGGCGGACAGCACAAGAACGGUUUUUCAUAUGUGGUCGAUACGAACCAGCUGCGGCAAGCGUGUUUGGUGCUCGGAGCGGAAGAGGUGGCAGAUUCAAUAGCCAACAAGUCCAAGCCUAGGCCAGUCUUGACGUCGGCUUGUCCAGGCUGGAUUUGCUAUGCGGAGAAAACACAUCCUCAUAUCCUGCCGCACUUGUCGGGUUUGAAGUCUCCACAGGCACUUUCAGGCACACUGCUUAAAUCGGUACUCAGCAGGACGCUUGGUAUCGCUCCGUCCCAGAUAUGGCAUCUCGCGGUUAUGCCAUGUUUUGACAAGAAGCUGGAAGCAAGCAGAGAGGAACUCACGGAUCGAUGGUGGCAGUCCUCCGAUGCGAUCGACGCGCCUGUGCGGGAUGUCGAUUGCGUGAUAACCUCCCGAGAAAUGCUUUCCCUCGCCGAAGCACGCGGUGUCCAGUUGUCUCAACUACCAUUUGAACCGCUGUCUUCUUCAGAACGACCGCCAUUCCCAGAUUCGAGAAUCUCCAACUUUCUCUUUCCCAAGCCACGCCGGCCGACUGAACAGUCCCCUACAGCAGGUUCUUCAGGCGGAUACCUAUAUCACAUCAUAGCCACAGAGCAAGCUCGAAAUCCGGGCAGCACGAUCUCAGUACAGCGAGGCCGCAACGCAGAUGUCGUCGAGUACUCGCUCCUCUCGGCUUCAGGAAAAACGCUUAUGAAAUGCGCACGGUACUACGGCUUUAGAAACAUCCAGAACCUCGUCCGCAAACUCAAGCCGCCCAAACAGUCGAAACUUCCCGGCGCUGCGAGACGUAUGGCAGCAUCAGCAAACAUGGGAAGUGAUUACGCCUACGUCGAAGUCAUGGCUUGUCCGGGCGGAUGCACGAAUGGUGGCGGUCAGAUAAAAGUCGACGAUGUAGUGUCCAUCUUACCGCAAACGAGAGGCGAGAAAGUGGUCAACACGGCGAGUCCGCAGAGUCAGAAGGAGUGGUUAAGACGGGUCGAUGAGGCGUACUAUUCGGCUGAUUCGGACGAGGAUGGUCAGAUGGACGGAGAUGUGCUCAUGACGAAUGGCAAUGGCUGUGAAAAUGGACAUGUCGAGUCGGUGCAUGUUAAUGGCUUCGGUGGGAAGGGAGACAAGACUCAGCUCAUCAACGGUGUUGAUGCGGGAGAAGUGCAUGAUUUUCUGAACCAUUGGUCGAAUGUUGUUGGAGUGCCGCUUGAGAAGUUGGCGUAUACGACGUUCAGACAGGUCGAGAGCGAUGUGGGGAAGGACAAGCCUGGGAAGGUUUUGGAUGAUACGGCUCGAAUUGCACAGAUUGCUGGGAUGAGUGGUGGAGGGUGGUGAAGCGGCUAUACCUUACCAAGGUAUAUUUGGAUUUCGUCCAUCCAGAAUGACGGGUUGAAUGCACUGAAAUGGAUUGGAUGAAUGAUACGACAACGACAACGACAGAGUUGAAGAUGUUCUAUGUUAUAGAUGCAUACAGAAUCCAUUAGGGCCGGGUAAUGCCAUUUGAGCGAGGAUUGUAAACGGUUUGCAAUCCCAGAGAAUGCAAUAAUAGUGCAGGUGGAUAUGGACCUACUAGUAGGUAUAUCCAAGUCGGAAAAGCUUUGUAGUGGACUGAAGUGGAUUGAAGUGG